CUCAAAUCUGUUAGUAACUAAUAUGGCGGAAUAGAUAGAUGUUGACUUUUCAAGAUCCGGAUAUCUCGGAUUCAAAUAUUUCUACAUAAUAGAGUUUAAGAAGAGACAAGUUAAAUGUAAUUCAUUUAUGUCAUUAUUGGUACACGUUGUAAUUAUCAUUGAGGUCACGUGUUGUGUACUUAAUUGUACUGAGUAUUAUUAACAAUAAGUGCGUAUAUUACCUAUUAGAACAGUCUACUUGGCAAACAACUGUAACUUCGGUUCUUAACGUAAAUGUAUAAUAAGCGUCAUUUACAAAAUCAAGAAACAUACGACUUUUUAAUUAUUUUGAUUUUAAAUAAAGAUAAUACGACUUACGUAAUGAGAGUGUUAAUAUCAAUUUUAUAUAUUCCAUCGAAAGGUUAAGAAAUGCGUUUAUUAUUUAAAGUUCAAUUUAUUAAAGAAUACCUAUAAUUGUGUUAAGUACAUUAUUCAAAAGAAAUUAAAUGUACUUAAUAAUGAAAAUUUUGUAUUACUUUAAUUAUUACGUUUUAAUAUGUCUAUUACAUAAAUGUUUUACUAAAACGUAUCAUUACAAGUAGAUAUAUUGUAAACUUUAAAAUUAAGACUAUAACAUAAUAAUGUCCUUUGGAAACAUUUGAAUCAACUUAAUUUUAUCGUAAACCAAAAAUUAAAUUUUUAGAAUAUUUGUUAUAAGCUUAUCAUGACAUGAAAGAUAUGAAAUGUUAAUUUUAUAGUGUUUUUAGUUAACUGAACAGUUUAGUUGAUCUUUCAGAAAAAUGUGUGAUUUAGCAAAAAAAAUGAAAGAUUCAAGUGUUAAGAACAAUGUGCAAAAUGAAUCAAUGGAUCAGUUUUAUACAAAACAAAGUGUUGAUAAGAAAGAAUCUACAUUAAAAAGUACAAAUGAAGAUGUUCAACGUGCAAUUGAAGGUUUAAAGGAUAUACCAGAUGAGGAACUUCAAGAAUUUCUUGAUGAUGAAGAUUUUAUGGAAGGUUUAGAUGUUGUUGAUGCUUGGGAAGGUGAUGAAGAAAAGGGUCGUGAAGUUGAAUUUAAAACUACCCAUGUUAAGGAUCAAGAACAAAAACGUCCUUCUAGGGAAAGAUAUCGACGUGACCACAAAGGAUCUUACAAUCGUGAAAGGCCGAAGAGAGAAGAAAAGAAACAUGAAGAAAUCCGUCGCGAUCCUUCUAAAAGCACAAAAGAUAUAGAGAGGGACAAAAUACGUACAAAAAGAGAUAAUGAAAGCAAACUUCUAGCUGAAAAAGAGAAAGCAAUUAAACAUUUGUUGGACUCUGAUAAUGUUGUACCUCCAGGUACAGAAACUGAAGCCAUUCAGAGUAUUACAGAGAGACAAAAUAUAGAACAAGCACAGAUGCAUGUGCGUAGGAGCCGAGAGCGACGUAGAAGUAUAGAACGUCAAAGAGGAAACUCAUUACGGCGUAGAACUCCAGACAGAAUUAGACUAAAUUCUCCUCGACGUAAAUCUCCCCUAAUAUUAAGUCCAGAACGUUGUAGAAGUACUUUCAAGAUGAGCAAUGAGAGACAUCGAAGUCCACUGAAGUUUAGUCCUGACAAAAGAAGAAGUCCAAGAUUUAAUUGUGCUCGUAGAAGCCCUUUUGGAUUCAGUCCAGAACGACGAAGAAGUCCAAUUAGACGACUUAGUUGGGAACGAAGAACAAGUGCAGAUAGAAGAUGGAGUGCUGAACGACACAGGAGACGUAUAAAUAUACAUGAACGCCGAAGAAGUCGGUCCCGUGAUCGACAACGAAGUCGCAGUAUGGAACGUCUUAGAAGAAAGGUCAGCCGCUCACCAAUUAGUAGACGUUACAGCCCUCGUCGUCGAAGUCGAACUCGAAGUAGAUCAUUAGAACGUCGAAGGAAACGAUCUCCCUUUAUUAAUGAACUUACACGGCAACUAAGGAAUGAAGCUAUAAUGACAUCACACAUGAAUUCUGGAUAUACACAUCCUUCGCCUAUGGAUGGCAUAUCACCUUUAAUGAAUAAUGUAUAUCAGCAAGAAACAGAAUCUAGACCAUCAAUGCCAAUACCAUCUUACAUACAUCAAACUGGAUUAGCACCACCAAUGUCAUCAAAUAUAACAACUGGUGGUCCACCUUUCAUGAAUUUUGAAAAUUCAUCUCAGCCAAUGAAUUUUGAUUCUGUUCCAUUACAUCCAUUGCCUCAAACUGAAUAUGUUUCUGGUCCAGUAAUGUAUAAUCAACCAAAUACUGGUUCUAUUCAGUCAACACAUCGACCAGCACUUCUUCCAGCACCAAUUUCAUCACCACAACAUGAAUCUGCUGCAUCUACAGUGGAACAUAUACAAACAUAUAAUUCAUCUCAUGGCAUUCCUUCCACUCGUCAAUCUCCAAUUCAAAAUUUUGAAUUUUCUAAUAAAUCUAAGGAUACAAUCUCACAAAACUAUAGGGAACGUAGAUUUACGGAUUCUUAUAAUGGAUAUCAUACCUCACAAGAAGAACGAUUGAAGACUCCUGAACCACCAGUCAUCUCAGAUACAAAACAAUUUGAAAAAACAAGUUUAUCCAGUCUGUUAGAAGCAUCUGUUUCCGCUAAAGAUUCAACUAGUCUGCCAGUCUUGUAUCCAGGAUUCAAACCAGAAAUAUUACGUCACUGUGAACACGCUUUACGUGAACUUCCUAUUGAAGAUCUUCGUUUAAAAAUGAAAGGACGAUUUUUCUAUGAUCCAAAGAAGGAAAAUAUACGAAGUGAACAAAAUGUAUAUUCGUCAAAUUCGAUUCUUUUACAAAAGAACAAAAGCAAAAUCUAUUGGGAAGAAGAGGAAGGACAACAUCUAACUUCCAUAAAGCAAAAUGUACAAAUGCACCAAAAAAUUUGUCAAACUGAUGAAGUGGAAACAAAUACAAAAUUUGUUCAAGCGAGUGUUACUAUGGUAGAUUUUGAAGUACAAGUAUAUCCUCAAGAUUUACAAUAUGCUGUUAAAGAAGAAAAACGACCUAUUAUGGAUCGUUUAGAUUGGAAUGUGCGUGAAACAUUUGAUUGCACACCUAAAUUUCGAGAGGCUGACGACUUGAGAUGGAGUUUAAGUAAUUCUUCACAAAAAAGAACUUGGAAUAGAACGAUAUCACCUCCUAGAAGAAUUGAUGACCGUAAACAUCGUAUAGAUUCUAUAUCUUCCUUAGAUCAUGGUUCAAGAAAUAUGAAAUUAGAAUCUCCAAUAAGAAACAGAGAUAAUUUCUCCAGUCAUAAAGGAUCUGUACGAGAUCAUUAUGUCCAUGAAAGAUACUCACCUAAUUACAGGCAUUCUUUAGAAGGACGUGAUGAAUUUCAUGAAAACAGAAGUGAUCAUAGUCGAGGUGAAAGUCCAAUGAUGCUAGAAGAUUCUGCAGAAGAAUUGGAAUUGGAACAUACAUUCCAAAGGGGAACAGAUUGGCAUGGAAGAGGAAAGUUACCAAGAGGUAGAUCAAGUUCACUACUGAAACAUGUGUACAGAGGAAAACAUUCAGGUGGAAGAUCUUAUCGCGGGCGUGGAAAUUUUCGUGGAAAAUUCUAAAAUUAUUUGCAUAAAGCACAAACACUAAAUGUAGAACCAUGUAAUCAAAUAUACCAAUAUAUUAAAAAAGUUAUAGUCUAUUCUUGCAAAAAUUUGGAAAGAAAGGCAUGAA